AUGGCUAGUACUUCGGGGAAUGAUGAGUUAUCCAUCGAAAUUGUUAGCAUGGGCUCGCAAACCAUGCUUAACAAUUACAUCGCCCAAAGUCAACAGAACUCCUCAAAUGAGAUCGAUAUUGAGGCAGUGUUAGCAUCCAUCAAUCCGGACAUUGAUAUGUCUACAACGAUGAAUGCAUACAAUGCUUGGCCAUCGUUUGAGAUGAGUUUGUUGGGAGCUCAGCCAAUGCCAUCCAUGUCGAGAGCCACCUCAACACAGCAAGAGCCAUCGGUGUCUGCCGCGAUCGCGAGUGAUAGAUGUUAUGUGGACGAUGCACUAUAUCGCGAUACCUACGUCGAGGAGUUGCCGUUCAUGCAACCUGAACGGGAUGCGACAGAACGUUGUGUUGUGAAUGAACAACUCAAUCGGGAUACGUCGAUCGAAGAGUUGGCGUUCACGCAACUAGAACGACUCGAAACGGAACGGUGUGCAGUGAAUGACGAACUUGAUAUGUAG